GCAUAUUGUAAAGUCAGGUCAGCGCCUUGGAGGAAGUGAAGUGUUCUAUUUAGUUUUAGUUGGAAUUCAUCAACGACGAAGCAAGCAUGAAUAAGUACAGAAAGAACAGCAUCCUCUGUGGGGAGGUGGACUACCAUUGCCUGCUGUGUGCGGAGACGCUGCUGCACGAGGCCGACGUGGAGCGCCACAUCCGCUGGGAGAACCACCGCAGAGCUCUCAAGAAUAACACUUAUGUGACCAAGUUUAAGAAUGAUUGCAUUAUAAAGAUCGGCAGCCACUACUACUGUGAACUCUGUAACAUCAUCACCCCAACAGCUCUAAAGACCAAUCUUCACGUCAAAGACGAAGCCCACCUCCGAAACAAGCAAAACCCGGAAACUACUUACACUAAACCAUCUCUGGUGAAGCGAGACACUUCUGGAAUCAUUGCCAUCAAUAAUAUGGUUGUUACCGAGAGGGAGUGGAAUGGCAUCAUAGACAAUCAAUGCUUGCUGUGUGAUGUGGAUGUAGAAAGUGUUGAAACUCACAUGAAGUCAGGGAGUCACAUCAUCAGUCUCAUUCAAACUAAAGUUGAAGUCAAAGAUGCUGAUAAGUUUUUUAGAAAGAUUGGAGCUGAUAUUUUCUUCUGCUUCGCUUGCAAGGAGCCAAUACCUCUCGCUACGUUCGACCAACACUGGGAGAGUAAGGAACACAUUGAUAAUAAAAAGAAUGUCAAAAUUUACAAGGGAGCCAGUUCCAGCCAAGGCCAGUCCACAUUCAGUGCAGAGUUCAAGAAUAAUAUGAAGAAAAUGUUUUCCUCCUCUGACCCCUCCGUAAUUGCGAAUGCCGAUAUUGCCGCCAAAAUGGAUGAAUUCAAGAAAGAGAAUAUCGAUAUAAACAUGAACAGAUCCAAGGCUGUCUGUAAAGUAUGCAACUUUUCACCCGAAUUCUCAGUUAAAGCCAUAACUGAGCACAUCAAAAUGCAUAAAAAAGCUGAAACAAACAGUCCUGGCUUCCAGCUUGAUGCUGAUGCUGAGAGUGACUAUGACAAUGAAGAUGAUGAUGAUGAUGACUAUGAAGACUGCAGCACCGACUCAGCAGAAUCUGAUGAAGACGAUGAAGUGAUCAAACAACUUCUGGCGUUCCGUUUAAUGUCCAUUGAAGCCGUCGACCACGGCUUGAGAAGAGCUGAGCUGGCCAAGUUCGGGAAGCAGCACUUCAUCAAGCUCAUAUCGGGCGGGAGCAAGGGCCACUGCACUCUCUGUGACACCUACAUAUCUGCACACAUCAAAAACUUCCAUCAACAUGUCAAAGGUGCCAAGCAUAUAGAGAACUUAGCAUUAAAAGGUGGCAGAGGUGGCGGCGGCGAUGGCCCUAAAGGCCCACCGGAAUACGAGACCAAACCUUUGAGAGAAUACCUCAGAAACAUAUUCUUUGUGAAACAAAUGGAUGACUUCUGGAUCAACAGGCGGAUCUGCAUCGACAAACACAGCUUUGUCGGCGUCAGACACGUGGACAAGAUGGCGAGGAUCAAGUGCUUCCUGUGCAACGAUCUCUACCCCGCGGACAAGGAUCAGGAGCAUUGCCAGACGAUUGAGCACAAGAAGAAACUGUUUGCGACCAAAGUCAUUACUAGCUUGAAAAAGGGGGAGUUUUGUAGACAGUUCACACCAACAAAGUUACACUGUGCUUUCUGCAACGAAGUGUUCCCGUCGUACCCAGUCCUACUGCAGCACCUGAGGACCCCGGAGCACAUCAACUGGAAGCGACAGCAGAAAAUGGUGGCUGACAUGACGGAUGACAUGUACAGUAUGCACAUGCCUGACACCAACACCGCUGAGGCAGACAUCAUGUGGAUGGAGCUCACAGGGAAUAAGCUGCUGUAAAUUCUGGAUGGUAAUUCGUACUGGCGUACUGUUUGUAAGGUCACUGCCACGAAUUAUAUAAUAAUACUGCCACGCAUCUCCAGUUACCAUCAAGUUACGAAAUUCAAAAAACUUUUAUUUAGAUCUGUAAAAGUUGUUGUAUGCGAAAAUCAGCCUUAUGUUUUCUUAACUAAAAUGUCACAUUCCAAUCAGAAAAUUCAAUUUCAGACAGCUCUAAAAUGUUUCUGUUGUUUCAGUCAGACUAGGCUAGACACUUUAGCUUUGCACUGAGGAUUCAUGUUAUUUUUAUUAAAGUUAUGAUUAAAAUUUCAUUCAGUAUGUUUCUAGUUUCAUAUGAGUGUAGAAUACAACUGCAGACUUGAAGAGUAUGUACUUACAAGAAAAGAAUAUUAUUAUAAAACAUACUUUGUG